UUUCUUCGCUCGACUUGUUUCUGGCCCUUCACUCCUUCACACCUGCCUUCCACCAUCCUCGCUGUGGUCCUCCGCCAUUCGUUGCGUGAUAGAGUUGUUCUGUUGUCCACGUCGCAUUUCGCGUGCCCACCAUGGCUAUCAUGAACCGGAAAACCGGUUCGUCCGAUGGCGCCAGCCCUCACGGUUCGCUGGAUCCAGAGUAUGGCGUCAAGUCCGAGUACGACCACACCACUGGCGAGGUGCGUCUCGACGAAAACGGUGCUCCUGUCCAGGGUGAGAGCGGCCAUCUGCACCGUGGCCUCAAGUCGAGGCACAUUACUAUGAUUGCCAUUGGCGGUGCCAUUGGAACUGGUCUCAUCAUUGGUACGGGCAAGGCCUUGGCCCAGUCCGGUCCGGCCUCGAUUCUCAUUGCUUACACUCUGGUUGGUCUCAUCGUCUACGUUGUCAUGACCUCUCUUGGCGAGAUGGCAGCCUGGAUCCCUCACGCCUCUGGUUUCGCUGGCUAUGCCACCCGUUUCUGUGACCCUGCUCUUGGUUUUGCUCUUGGUUGGUGCUAUUUUGCCAAAUAUGUCAUCACCACUCCGAACCAGCUCACUGCCUCUGCUCUCAUCAUCCAAGAGUGGAAAUCGCGCGAAGAAGUCAAUCCAGGUGUUUGGAUUGCCGUCUUCUUGAUUACCAUCACCGCCAUCAACUACUUUGGAAUCAAAUUCUUUGGUGAGCUCGAGUUUUGGCUCAGUGCAAUCAAGGUUAUUACCAUCGUUGGCAUAAUCCUCCUCUCGUUUUUGCUCGCAGUUGGUGCCGGUCCCGGUGGUGCAACUGGCUUCAAGUACUAUAAAAAUCCCGGCGCUUUCAAACCUUAUCUGGCCAGUGGCGCCGAAGGAAAGUUCUACGGCUUUUGGAGCUCUCUGGUUAAUGCCGUCUUUGCUUACCUGGGUACGGAGCUUAUCGGUGUUACCGUCGGAGAAGCACAAAACCCCCGAAAGACCAUCCCGCGCGCCAUCAAACUCACCUUUUACCGGAUUCUCUUCUUCUACUGUCUUUCCAUCUUCUUCCUUGGAAUGAUUGUACCCUACAACUCCCCGGACCUGUCAUUCGCCAACAAGGCCACCACGGGUGCCUCGGCCUCGCCUUUCGUUGUCGCCAUCAAGCUCGCCAAAAUUCCAUACCUCCCCACCAUUGUCAACGCCUGCAUCUUGCUCUUCACCUUUAGCGCAUCCAACUCGGAUCUAUACAUUGCCUCGCGUACCAUCUAUGGACUUGCUGUCGAAGGCCAUGCCCCCAAGAUCUUCCUCUGGACCGACAAGCGAGGUGUGCCCGUCCCGGCUCUGGGUAUCUCCGCGCUCCUGUCGUGCAUCGCCUUCAUGAACGUUUCAGACGACUCCAAGACCGUCUUUGGCUACUUUGUCAACCUGACGACAAUCUUUGGACUUUUGUCUUGGAUCUCGCUGUUGGUGUCGCAUAUCUGGUUCGUCCGUGCACGUAACGCUCAGGGCAUUACCAAGGACAUGAUGGCUUACACUGCACCAUUUGGCUUGACUGGAUCCUACAUUGCUCUCUUCUUCUGCAUCUUGAUCGCUUUGACCAAGAACUUCCCCGUCUUCACCAAGGGCUCGUACGGCAACUUUGAUUACAAGAACUUUAUUACUGGAUACCUCGGUAUUCCGAUCUACCUGUGCUGCAUCUUUGGCUACAAAUUCUUCAUGAAGACCAAGAUGGUGCGACCCCACGAAGCCGACUUCUACACUGGAAAGGGUGAGAUUGAUCGCGAGGAAGAGGAGUUCUUGGCACAAGAGGCGGCCAAGGCGGCAGCUGGCGGCGGUUCCAGGGGCGGCAGCUGGUUCUACCGAACCUUUAUCGCCUGGUUGAUUUAGACGCCUAUGGGCUUGAUGUUUUUAUGUUGGCACAUGGUAUGCCAGUGCCCCCCAUGUCAGUUAUGUCUGGAAUGGCUCGACCACGCGUCAUGAUAAUUAAGAGUUAUGCAUACAUGUCUUUAUACCUAGAUCC